GAUCUCCAGGCAGCCGAUCUAUCCCAUCCCAUAGGUUUCCCCCCCAGAGUAAAGAGGACGGGAUCAGCCGCACAGCAUUUCACCUUUUCCCAAACGUUUUCCUAGAGGUGACAUUAUGACUCUCAACCAAGGCUUACCUGAGGUAGCUGCUUGAAGUAAAAUUGAUCCUGAGGACACUUCACCUGACAGGUCUUCUCUGAGAAAGACACAGAAACCCGUCAAUCUGUUCUGAACGCGCUCGAAUAGUGAAUCGAAGCGCCCGUGUUGAGUUGCCCAUUUCCUUUCUAGAAAUUCUCCAUUUCUCCCGUCUCUUCUGCGCAUAGCCACAAAAUCGACCUUUCCAACCAUAGCGACCUUCGCAACAAUCGUUUCCAUUGCAUAUUGCAUCUAACUAGAAUAACACUCGUCUCUUCUCCCUCUUUCUCUUCUUCUGAACCAUCCCUAUCCUAUAUCACAUUAUAUCGAAUUCUUGUGAUGGCGGAAGUCUUCCCUUCCGAGGAGAAGACGGAGCCGUUUACCUCGGAGGAACUCGAGCAGAGACUCCACAGCAGUAUCCAAGUCGACGAGGUCGGCGAUGCACACCACGACACCGUCCCGUUGGACGACCUAAUUAUCGAGGAAGACCACCAUAAGCAAGGCAUACGAAUUCUGGUGCGACCGCUGACGCGAAACCGCUCAGUGAGCCCCGGAAAUGAGAAUGUCCAGUGGCUAGCGUUGCGCGCUGAGGUGGCCGACCCUUCCCAGCCUAGAUCCAGAGUGCUGGCGGUGACUCAGACAUCGAAAGAUAUCAACUUCUCCAUUAGAAUACCACAAGGCGAAGAUGAGCGUAGGCCGCCGUUAUGGUGCGAGUUGUACUAUGAUCCGGCCAGCGACAGCCUAAUAUUACUAAAUAAGUCGGACGUACCCAUCGUCCUCGCUAGGGUCUCCCAAUCAGGUCCCGUCCCCGGAUCGAACUUUGAUCAAGAAAUAGUGCCAGGCACCACCAAGGAUCUAUCUCCGGGCAGUUGGCGAAUCAGCGUUCGCUCCAUCCCGGUUCUCGACUUCAGGAUACUAGAGAAGCGUCCCGCCACGCUGUUAGUCCCUUGUGAUAGCUUCGAUUCAUCUGUAACCGCCACCCCAGAUGCUCGCAACUCAUUCGGAAAGCGAUCCUUCCUCCCUGAUGCCGGUGAUGACGAGCCGGAUAGCCCCGUCGCCGGAAAGAAGGCUCGCAAAGAUGGCCGAGAGAAAGAUGGCGUAAUUAUCUUCAUGGGCCCAGAGGACGAGGAGCUCAUAUUUCCUUACCCCAACGCCUCCAAGACAAAAGAGGUCGCCAUUCCCAACGGCCACGCGCUCCUAGAGGUUCAGAAGGACGAGACAGCCGCCAUUCCCGGCGGGCGCGAGUUUGAUCAGUACCGACUAACGAAGCGAGAGCAGAUCGCUACGACGGGCGCAUCGUCAGUCUUCACUGCGGAACACUCCAGCGUGCCGGACGGUGUCAUAACGGUCAAAGUGCUCAAGACGCGCGGUCCUAACUCAGAUGCACGGCCGCAGGAUACCCACCGCAACGUGAUACGCCAAGCCGACAUAUGGUUGCGCGAGUAUCAAAGCCAAGAAGAUCUGCAGCAUGAGUCGAUCGUGCGAUUAUACGGCGGCGACGCGCGCUACCUGUCAUUGUAUAUGGAGCACGUGGACGGCAAGGAUCUAGCGGCUCGUGGCGUAUGGCGCGACGGCGCGACGGACCUAUUCGUAGGCGAUCGGCGAGAUGCCGUGCGCAUCUUACGCGACAUCGCCGGCGCCUUGCAUUACGUCCACCAGAAGCGCAAAACUCACAACGACAUCAAGCCCGCUAAUAUCCUAUAUUCGCGUGACCGCGGCGCCGUACUCUGCGACUUCGGACUAUCAACCCGGACCACUGACCCGGCCACGAACGGUGGUACACCCUACUAUGUGCCGCCCGAGUUCAUAGGACAGAAGUUGCGCGGUCCCGCCUCCGACGUAUGGGCGCUCGGCGUCACGAUGUUGUACGUCUUACGCAAGAUCCCGUUCCCGGAUGCCCGCGGCCGUCAGGGACACCCUAAGCAGCUGUACUGGAUGAUCGCAGACCUAAACCGAAAGACGGCUCCCCACCACGGGCACCACAGCAGAGCUGCGUCCGCGGUCACGCAGAUGCAGCAGUGGCUCAGCGAGGUCAAUGAGGCCAAGGCGCGCCUAAAUCCGCGAGAUCGCGUCGAGUCCCUAGUCUUGCAGAUGCUGACUCCAAAUCAUACCCAGCGUAUCACGAUGGCCAAAGUCAUAGCCGAUCUGCUGAAAGACAAUGUCGUCGCAAGAAAAUGAGCCGAUAGACAUGUGCGAGGUCGAUGACGAAUGGACGAAUGGCGUCGAAUCGAUCCAGAUUGUCUGUCAUAUCAGUGCCGAUCAGAUCAGACCCGAUCAGAUAUUCUAUCUUAAUCCAUAUCUUGCCUCACCUUAAACCUCAGCGCUGACGCGCGACGAAAUACUCGAUGUCGCCAGCACAUGCUAAUGUAGCUCGAAGCGGCAUACCUGCCUCAAUUAGCCAAAAACAUGUAGGAUUUUUGGAGGGGAUACCGACGUUAUGGCCACAUUCCUAUUCGACGUCGCAUAGUUGUUUACAAUUUACAAUUUAGAAGGUAGCUGUCGCAUUCGACGGUUCGAAUCCGGGCUAGAAACGUUUAACAGGUGCUGGCGUUAUUCGAUAGAUAUAUGGGCGUCGCC